GUGUUUUCAUGAUAAAUGGCUCAAUUAUCAAUGCUGCACCCUCCUCUCUUCUCUUCUCUGUGAUGCGACCCGCCCAGUCCUGCUGCCUGUGUCAGACCUUUAUUUUGGUAACAGCACAUGGCUCAUCCCAGUGAUAGCACUGCGCGCGCAGCUACAGGUAGUGUUCAUGGGUGCCACAACCUUAACAUCUAAAACAAAAGACACAAGGGACUACAGGCGCCUCAUCACUGCUCCAGAGCUCCUACAGUCACGGAGGAAACUUAUAAAGCUGCUUUCUGCUUUUGUUUGGUCACAUUUUGGAAGCAUUUUUCUAAUCUGAGGUGAACUACUCUCAGCUGGAUCUGUGUUUACUGUUUUGACGAGGAGCGACGCGAUUUAACAGGUGGAGAAGUCGCCUUAAAUCACUCUUCUUACCUUGGGAUUUGACGAGUGUGUGCCGAUCUGAUCACUAAAUGGCGCUGACGGUGAACCUUAUUGGUCCUUCGCCAUGGGGCUUCAGAAUAUAUGGAGGAAGGGACUUCAAGAAGGCCAUUACUGUAUCAAAGGUCAACGGGGGUAGCAAGGCAGAGAAGGCCGACAUGCAACCUGGAGACAUUAUCUCUGAGAUCAACGGGGAGAACACGGCGGACAUGCUGAACGUGGAGGCCCAGAACAAGAUCAAGAACUCAAAGACUCAGCUGCAGCUCGUGGUAGAGAGACCCGACCCUCCCAGCUCUGGACAGACCAACGGCACCAUCAGCCCCGAGCAGAUCACCGGACGCUUCCAGGAGGCCGUAAUAGUGAGUAGAGAUGAGAAUCAGAACUACAAAGAGUACACCAUCUCCAGCCCGGCGUCUCUGUCACCCGGACCUUACUCACCAGAUCCCUUUGGCAGCUCUGACGGGAAGAGGCUGACACCCACCAUCAACAAGAGUGUCACGCUGCGCCCGUGGUCUCCAGAUGAGAAGAGUCACAGGCUGUCCAGACCGCUGUCCCAGGUUGGUUUCUACU